UCGCCAAAAUAUUCUUGUUUCUUCUUUACUGUGUCUGAGAGGAGAGAUUUCCGACACCCGUCACCAACUAAUUAACUAAUUAACCAAUCCACAACGCCGAUAUAUAUCGCUCGCACACGCACACGGGAGCUAGAUCAUCAUCCGAUCCGAGCCAUCGCUCGCUGCCGCGCCUCUUCCUGCUUCGGUCGACCCUCUCGCCGGCGGCGACCUGAUCUCAGCCGGCCAUGGAGGAAGAACCGCUUCUGAGGGACUCGAAUCUUCCUGACGCGCAUGAUGCUUUGCAAACCCCACCAGCCGGGCACUUCAAUCCACACCAUAGCAUCGCGCGUGCUUGCAAGAAAUUGAGUAAUACAGUGACCAUAGAUGCGCCAACACUCUUUGCAUUAGUAGCAUCCAUUGGCAAUCUCUUGCAAGGGUGGGACAAUGCCAGCAUCGCAGGUGCUAUAUUCUACAUAGAGGAGGAAUUCAGAUUGCAAAGCAGUCCAAUGAUUAAUGGACUUAUUAUGGCAAUGGCUCUUAUUGGGGCAGGAAUUUCUACACUUUUAUCUGGACGAUGGGCUGAUCCACUUGGAAGACGUAUAAUGCUAUUGACCUCUUCUAUUUUAUCAUUGACAAGUGAACUGUUAAUGAUAUUUUUGUCUCAAAAGAUUUAUAUGAUAAUUAUUGUGAGAUUUAUUAGUGGACUAAGUAUUGGUUUGGCAGUAACACAUGUUCCGCUAUACAUAUCUGAGAUUGCACCUGCAGAGACACGUGGUAAAUUGAAUACAUUCCCCCAAUUAAGUGGCUCUGUUGGUAUGUUCAUUUCAUAUUGUAUGGUGUUUUGGAUGUCUCUAACGCCAAAAGUUGAUUGGAGGAAUAUGAUUGCGGUCGAAUUAAUACCUUCACUUGUUUACACCAUAUUGAUUAUAUUUUAUCUACCGGAGUCACCGAGGUGGCUUGUAACUCAGGGGAGAGUAGAUGAAGCAAGGAUAGUUUUACAAAGAUUACAAAGAAGGGAAGACGUAUCAGGUGAAAUGGCUAGUCUUUUAGAAGGUACUUAUAUUGGUCACAUUCCAAUUAAGAAGGAGUUUAUAAUUGGUCCUACUGAUGAAAUUAAAUUAUUUUCAAGUGGAGAACAAGUAAAGUUGUAUGGUCUCAAAGAAGAUCUAUCUUGCAUUAUUUGUCAGUCUAAAGAUGAAAACUCACAAAGUAAAACAAACUCACUAAUGAGAAUCGGUUCUUCGUUUUUUGAUCCAAUUGUGAUCCUUACUGAGAGUGUCAAUGAGAAUGAGGCGGACAACAUAUGCAAUGAAACUCAAGACACAAAUUCAUCAAACGAAGAGAAUCAAUAUACAGAAUUGGAUGAAGAGAAUCAAUAUACAGAAUUGGAUAAAGCUCAAGUAUCUGAUGAAGCAGAGGAUGAAGACAAUCAAUAUGUUUCCGAAGGAGAAGAUGGUAUAGGUCAACGCUUAUACACUGUUGGUGGUGGAUGGCAACUGACAUGGAAAUUAGUUGAAGAAGAUGGUUUAGAUGAGAAUACUCAAAGUGGAAUUGAGCGGGUAUAUCUACAUGAGAAAUGCAAGGGCACUCAAAUAGAUGCUUCUUUAAGCAACCAGUUUAUUAAAGUGACUGCUCUAGUUAAUAGAUCUGUCUUUCCUCAACAUAAUAAUCAUAAUUCAAUUGAGGCUAUAGGACAAAUGUUUUCUUAUCUAUUAGAAACUGGAGUGCGAAAAGCAUUGAUGGUGGGCAUUACAAUACAAAUACUUCAACAGUUUGCUGGCAUAAAUGGAAUCCUUUAUUAUACUCCUGUAAUACUUAUUCAAGUUGGUGUUGGAGACGUUUUAUCAUCAUUUGAUCUUAAUUCUUCAUCCAAAUCUAUUCUAUUGAGUGCCAUCACCACCUUGUUGAUGCUUCCUUGUAUUGGCACUGCCGUGUGGCUCGUAGAUAUCAAAGGAAGAAGGCAUAUUCUUCUUAGCACAAUACCCAUAUUGUUAAUAUCCUUGAUUAUUUUGGUCGCCGCUAAUGUUAUGGACAUGAGGACUGAUUUACAUGCUACCAUAUCAGCAUUAUGCGUAAUUGUGUACCAAUGCAUUUUUGUUAUGGGAUUUGGCCCUAUUCCAAACAUUUUAUGUGCAGAAAUUUUCCCAACAAGAGUCCGUGCCAUAUGCUUGGUAUUAUGCAGCUUAACAUUUUGGAUCUGUGAUACCAUUGUCACCUAUAUCUUUCCAAUCUUGAUGGAGAAAAUUGGUCUGGCGGGUGUUUUUGGGAUAUUUGCUAUAGUUUGUGCACUAGCCGUAUUGUUUGUGUAUUUUAAGGUGCCAGAAACUAAAGGCAUACCUCUUGAGGUCAUGUCGGAAUGCUAUGCCUGUACCGAUAGCACAUCUAGACCAUCAAAAGAUGAAGAUGAAGGUUCAAAAGAAGAAAAGUAGUGUACCGAUUGGCCAUAUAUAAUGCAUCUAGAAUGGAAUUUAUGAUAACAUCAUAUUGUAUUUCUUGCUACAUUUAUUAUGAUAUUAUUAUGUAUUAAGUUCACGAAUCUAAUAUUAUGUGGUGUGUAUGCACGUGUCUAAUACUUAUAUUUUAAUUUAUCUAAU